UCUCGCGCGCUCUGUUGUCUGUCUGUUCAAUUGUAUAUAUAUGGAAGGAAAAAUAAAAGGAAAAAGAAAAAGGGUUUUGUAAUAGAAUUUGUCCAAAUGAAUGGUCCCUCUGUUCUUAGUCCAUGUCUGUAAAUCUUUCCUUCUCCACCGACCGACCUUUUGCCCAUCUGUGCAAGUGAAAGAGAAAGAGACACUCACACGCAGAGAACACAGAGAGCCGCCUAAGGGAACUUCAAGUCUCAGAUCUUUUUUCAGGAUUAACGUUUAUGAUUUUAUCGCAGAGGAAUCUGCUGUCCUUCCAAUGUAGGAAACCCUACAUUCCUUCAUUUUCAGAUACUGAUCUCAAUCCACGACCCAUCUGUGGUUAGGGUUAGGGUUAGGGUAAGGGUUUCUCAUCUGAUCGGAGAAGGAAAUCUGAAGGAAAAUGAGACUGCUGGAGCGGUGCUUGGGAGUUCGCCGUGUUCGACAGAUCCAGAGAGGUAUUCGCCACGCUAAGGUCACCCUUCUUUGCCUGUUCUUGACUGUCAUCGUUCUUCGCGGAACCAUCGGUGCUGGCAAAUUCGGCACGCCCGAGCAGGAUUUCAACGAGAUCCGAGACCAUUUCUACUUUCGCAAGCGGGCCGAGCCUCACCGUGUCCUCGAAGAAGCCCAGACCACGGAAGGUGCCACAACCACAACCACAAGCAACAACCACGCCACAUUUGAUCCAUCCAAACUGAUGGUAGAUGAGGAAGAAGACGAAAAGCCUGACCCCAACAAACCUUACAGUCUUGGACCAAAGAUCUCAGAUUGGGACGAGCAGCGAGCUAGAUGGCUCCAAGAGAACCCUAAUUUCCCGAAUUUCAUUGGGCCCAACAAACCUAGGGUUCUAUUGGUCACUGGGUCUUCGCCGAAGCCUUGUGAGAAUCCGGUCGGCGACCAUUACCUCUUGAAGUCGAUCAAGAACAAGAUCGAUUACUGCCGGCUCCAUGGGAUCGAGAUCUUCUACAACAUGGCGCUCCUCGAUGCAGAGAUGGCUGGAUUUUGGGCAAAGCUUCCGCUUAUUCGGAAGCUCCUCCUCUCCCACCCGGAGGUCGAGUUCUUGUGGUGGAUGGACAGUGACGCUAUGUUUACUGAUAUGGCUUUUGAGGUCCCCUGGGAACGUUACAAGGAUCACAAUUUCGUGAUGCACGGGUGGAAUGAGAUGAUAUACGAUCAGAAGAACUGGAUUGGACUGAACACGGGAAGUUUCCUGCUCAGGAACUGUCAAUGGUCGCUUGAUAUUCUGGAUGCUUGGGCUCCGAUGGGACCCAAGGGAAAGAUUAGGACUGAAGCAGGGAAGAUCCUCACAAGGGAGCUCAAGGACCGACCUGUUUUCGAGGCUGAUGAUCAGUCCGCCAUGGUUUACCUUCUAGCCACACAGAGAGAUAAGUGGGGCGACAAGGUAUACCUGGAGAGCGCAUACUACUUACACGGAUACUGGGGGAUUCUGGUCGAUAGGUAUGAGGAGAUGAUCGAGAACUACCACCCGGGGCUGGGUGAUCACCGAUGGCCUCUCGUUACCCACUUCGUGGGUUGCAAGCCUUGUGGGAAGUUUGGGGAUUAUCCUGUCGAGAGAUGCCUGAAGCAGAUGGACAGAGCUUUUAAUUUUGGUGAUAAUCAGAUACUACAGAUUUAUGGAUUCACCCACAAGUCGUUAGCCAGCAGGAGGGUCAAGAGGAUUCGGAAUGAGACCAGCAAUCCUCUAGAGGUAAAGGAUGAGCUUGGGUUGCUUCACCCUGCAUUCAAAGCUGUAAAGGUAUCAUCUUCUUGACAACCAGAUUAGAAUUGGGAUGCUCCCUAUCUGAUUUUUGUUCGUUGUUAAAUCUUAAUAGAUGCGAUUUCUGUUGUGUAUGUUGUUCUUAUUUAUGUUAUGGUAGGUUCUGUGAUUUUUCUUUCUUAUUUUUGCUCUGUGGUGAUAUCAAAAUCAAGCUUUUAAAUUAAAUUGAUUUCCAAAGGAAACAAAACCCAUUUUACA